AGAGCGCGUGCGAAGGCGGCGCGGCCGGGCCAAGACAAGCCCGCGGCGUGCCCUCGCCUCUCCCAGCCCCGCCGGGAAGGGGAGGGGAGGGGAAGCCGUGCAGGGCGGGCCGGGCCAGCGGAGGCUGCGCCGGGCUGGAGGCAGGAAGAUGGCAGAGCCGGAGACUCAGCUGCUGCUGGGCGUGGGGCUGAUCGAAAAAGACACCAAUGGCGACGCUUUGUGGGUCUGGUGUUUUCCUUCCACCACAACUGAACUGAGGGAUCUGUUGCUAAGAAAAUGCUGCCUUAAAAAUGAAAAUAAGUUGCUUCACACCUUUGUAUUUGGCCAGUAUAAGAGGACAUGGUUCUACAUCACAACAAUGGAAGUUCAAGAUUCUCCCAUGUUGAAAAAGGUGACUCAUUUUUCAAUUGUCCUGACUGCCAAAGAUUUUAACCCGGAGAAGUAUGCAGCCUUCACUAGGAUAUUGUGUAGAAUCUAUUUGAAGUAUGGAAGCCCAGUUAAAAUGAUGGAGAGUUACAUUGCAGUUCUUACAAAGGGUAUCUGCCAGAGUGAAGAAAAUGGAUCUUUCCUCAGCAAAGAUUUUGAUGCCCGAAAGGCUUAUCUUGCAGGUUCAAUCAAAGAUAUAGUUUCUCAAUUUGGAAUGGAAAUGGUUAUCUUAUACACUGCACUUAUGUUAAAGAAAAGAAUCGUAGUGUAUCACCCUAGAAUAGAAGCCAUCCAGGAGUUUACCAGGACACUACCUGCUUUAGUAUGGCAUAGACAAGACUGGUCAAUUCUUCAUUCCUAUGUACAUCUAGAUGAUGAUGAACUGGAAGCAUUAAAGACCUGUCCAGGUUAUAUUGCUGGAUUUACAGAUCCCGAAGUGAGUAAUAGACCAGAUCUCUAUGACGUGUAUGUGAAUUUAGCAGAUACCGAAAUUACCGUUUCCCCGCUAGCGAAAGAGCCGAUGACGAUGGGAAAAUUGCACAAAGAAAUUGGACAGCUAAUUGUUCAGUCUGCAGAAGAUCCAGAUAAAUCAGACAGUCAAGUCAUUAAGGAUAUUUCAUUGAAGACAAAAGAAAUCUUGAGUACUCUGGCAUCAUUUACUGAAGCUUCUGAUGAUGGUGAGAAACCAACACUUAAUAUUGAAGCUCUAAAACAAAAGCGAUUUCCACCCGCUACCGAAAACUUUCUUUAUCAUUUAGCAGCUGCUGAAAAAAUGCUUAAGAUAUGACUAUGUCGGUGUACUUCAGUGUUACGGACCAAUACAAAACGAUUCUCUUUACCAUACUGCUAUGAAUAUCCAAUAAUUAUGUAAGAAAAUUAAAGAUAUCAAAUGUUAUAUUUUUAAUGAUGUAAUGCAAGAUAUAGAAGAUCAACCUGGAACGUUAUGGAUGCGCAUUUGGAAAUACUUCCAGUCUUUCUGUUUUUUUCUGACAAUAACAAUUUACAUAGAAGGGGCAAAUAGUGUAAAGCACAAGUAGGAAUGGGGCACUUGGCUCUCGGCUCGUGCCUUUUGAGCCUUUCUCCUUAUGAGAGGAGGGAAAUGGAAAUUUUAGAACAUAACAUUGGAUGUCCUGGUUUAAAUAAAUGAAAUGGAAUACUUUCAGCCCAACAGACACAACUGGAAAAUAUCUAAAACUGUAAAAUUAUACCCAUUUUUCUUUUUUUUGCAUAGUCAUAAAGUGAUAGUUUAUUUCAGUCAGCAGCCUGAAACUAACUCUUCUUUCUGAAAGAAUUUAGGGUUUGUUUGUUUUUUUAAAAUGAGGAGACCUACUUUCUGAGCCAAACAUCCAAUGUUUCUGCAGAAAUGUCCACAAAGCCUGUCAAAAGGUUCUGCAGUAGCACUUUGUUAUAUUCAAAAUAUAACUUUUUUUUUUCCUGUCCUUUGUACAUAUGAGCUAUAGCAUGUGGUUUUACAUAGAGAUUUUAUACUUCUGAUUAAAACUUUAGUAAUCCAUAUUUAUACUGUUAAAGAACUGAAUGUUUGGUAUCCUGAAACUGUUAGAGCUCAUCACUAAUUAUGUACAAGCAAUAUUCAUUUGAAAAAAGUUUGUUUACAUAUAAAUUAAGGAAGUCUAUUUUAGAUUAUGGAUAAGGAAGUAGGCAUUUAUGUAUCAAAUGGCUACUUAUUACAGCUAAAAAAUCUGAAAGUACUACCUUUUAUAAUCCCCUAUUUUCAGGGGUGUUUAAUUCUACUCUGUUCUCUCUGGACGGAAACUUUUUAGUUUGUCUGAAUGCAGCUGUUUUUGUCUCUCUAAGAACUGCCCUUGACUGUAUUUGCAGAUCAGUGCUCCAGAUCUUUUUCAUUUAUAAACUUUAAAGGUUGGAGGGGCUGUUGUUCAUGGUUUUGGUUUUUUAAAACACUCCUUUAGUAUGGCUGCUUUUGUUUUCAGAUGUUUUUAAUGGUCCAAAAUUCAACGCUUAAGAUACGUAGAAGGAAAUGCAUUUAAGGCCUGAUCUAAAAUCCCUCAAAAUCAGUACGAGUCUUUGAUUUGAUUUGAAUAUAUUUUGGAUCAGAUCUUUAACAUUGCAGUAGUUAUCAUACAGUUGCCUGCCUGAAAUGAUUUACAUGGCUUCUUAAAAAUUCUUUAAUGAGCCUUAUGUAAAAUAGCAUGUGGUUUUGAAUCAUCACAAAAAAAUCAGUUGCAAAUUAUUAUAUUUUGUGUUUGUUUAGGUGAUUCUCUUGUUCACCUAAGAACAAGAGAAUCACCUAAAUGAUGAAUAUUUCUUUACUGUUGAAUAUUACUUUACUGUUUGUCUCGGACAUUUCAUUGUAACGGUUUUUGUAAGAAAACAAAUGAAACUUAAAUUUGCACUUCAGGAAUUAUACACCUAGCACAGAUAUGCCUCUAAAUAAUUACGAUGCUAUUUGUCCUGAGCUCUUGCCCUGUGUAUUUCACGUUGAUUGUGCUUGAUUAGUCUUGGUCAUCAAAAGUCAUAGGCUUCAUCUCUUAUGUUACAACAAAAUGGUAAUAUUUAGUACUUGGUAGCUUAAAGCAUUGAAACGUUAUAAAUACCUAGGUCAAAAAACUAGAAUUUAUUUUUAUUUAUAUUGUAUGCACAGUGAGAUGACUUAAGCAUGUUCUUGUCAUAGGUGGGAGAUAGUUUUGAUUCAGUGUACAAAACUGGAGUUCUCCUCUUUCCCCAGAUGAUACAAAUGUUUGUAGGAGAAAUGGGUCACUGGCCUUGUGUUGAAGUUCUGUAUCACCUGCAUUUCUACAGCCUCUUUUCCAGGAAUAGCAAAAAAAGGCCAGUCUAGUAAUAAUCAGAUUGUCUUCUUGAGACACAAAAAUAAGUGAUCUUGGAGAGAGAAUAUCAGCAUGUGAUCUUUCAGAAGUUGGCAAAACAAACUGUGCCUAGUGGCCACUGCCUCUCUUCCAAGUGAAGUCUUGACACGUACAGACUUCACAGUGAUUCAAAAGGGGAUUUUGAAUCCAGCUGGUCAAGUUAGCAACCCUGUACUCAUCCUGUUCUGCGCUGAAUUGUAACAGUGUGAGAUACCACAUUAGUUCUGGUUUCUGGCCUGUUCUUGAUAUGUUCAGUCAACGUGUUUUGCAACUGUUAGCUCUGGAAACUCAGUCUUUGUAUGAAGCAGUAUCCUUUAUUAUUCAUUUAGUGGUAAAGAUUGCACAGGUUAAAUUCUCAGUUACGCCUGCUCACCCCUAUUGCCUUUAAGGGUUGUGUAAGUAGGGAGAAGAGGCCUUACAGCUGAAACGUGCUAAUGCUGAUGCCAAAGUCAGACCAGGAUCCAACUCCCUUAUAACUGUAUUAACUCUGUUGUGUACACAGGAGGUUAAAUCAUUAAAAACAUAUGCAAAAUAAAAUGAA